UAAAACAAUAAAUUUUGAGUGUUAAAGUGCGAGUUGUGGGUGCAAAAUUUGUCUAUGUGUGAACGAAGUUGCCGUCAACUCAGAUGAGUAUAAGUUUUGAAACGAACGUUAUUAGUUUAAAAAAUAUAAUCGAUUUUAUUUUCAUCGGCUACAACGGUUUGCUAUCCAAUUCGGUGGCAGCUGCUGUUAGCUUCUUUCGUGUCUUUUGUACUCUGCUCUUGUAUUGUUUGUCUGGCUCGGCCGAGCGCGCGAAAUGAACGUGUGUGGCAAGUGCGAGCAAAAAAUUUGUUUUGAGGAUGCCGUACCUUGUUCGGGGAAGUGUGGGGCCUUUUUUCACCGUUCCUGCACUACUCUGACCAAAGCGACGGCGAAGGUGAUUAAUGAACAGCAAAAUGUGCAGUUCAAGUGUGACCUAUGUCUUGAUAGUGGAAUUGAUGCUGAGAUCGCAGUGCUUCUCGCUGAUGUCAAAGAGAUAAAAGAAGAGUUGGAGAAAUAUUCUGACGUCUUCGAUUCUAUCUCUGGCAUCAAUGAAAGAAUUGCUACUCAAAUCGACGAAACUAUCAAGAAAGGGAUAGAAGAUGUCAUGAGUACGUGGGUUGAAACGUUUCAGAAUAAAAUGAAAACAGUUGUUGAAAACAGUGUGGCGAGUCAAAUUGAAAAAUUAAAAACAUUGAACUGUGAGAAAAAUAAUAAAGUAAAAAAAGUAAAUGUUACAAGAAAAAGAGGAAUUCAUUCAGAAUCAGAUGGGCUCCCGGGUAGUAAAAAACGCGCCCUUGACUCUGAGCCAAUGGUGGUUGACGAUGAAGAAAAUGAUAAUGUUUUUGAAUCACUUACUUUUGCGGAUAUUUUGAAAGGAAAUCUAGAAACUAAAAACAGCUCUAAAGAAAAAAAGCUAGCCAUUCGUCGACCAGUAAUUGUGAUUAAACCAAAUGAGAAUAACCAAAGUAACGAACAAACCAGGACUUUUUUGAAAUCAAACCUUGACCCCAAAUUGCAUAAGAUUAAUAAUUUUAAAAAUGGUAGAGACGGCUCAAUUAUUGCUCAGUGUGCCCCAGGACAAAACCUUUCUAAAGUGAAAAGUGACAUUGAAAACAAAAUUGGACAAAAUUAUACUGCAUUUGUCUCGAAUGGACUUCCAAAAUUGAAAAUUGUAGGUAUGAGUGAAAAGUAUGCUCCUGAAGAUUUUAUUGAUUUAUUGACCACUCAAAAUGACGAAAUUUUUAUUGAACAUGUUAAAGUUGUUUCUUCUUACGAAAAUCCUCGCAUAAAAUACAAUAAAUUCAGUGUUAUAGUUGAAGUUAACAAUGAUACUUUUGACGCAUUAAUAGAAGCCGGAAAGGUUAAUAUAGGGUUUGAUAGAUGUUCAGUGUUUGAGGCAAUCAAAGUUCUGAGAUGCUUUAAAUGUGGAGAAUUUGGACACAUGAGCACUACAUGUACAAAAAACGAAACGUGUUCGAAGUGUAGCGAGUCCCAUAAAACCUCUGAGUGUACUUCAACAGUAAUGAAAUGUGUUAACUGUUUAAAAAAGAACAAAGAGCAAAAGAUGAAUCUUGACGUGAAUCAUGCAGCAUUUAGCUCCAAAUGUCCAGUUUUUCGACACUUACUGGCAAUUAAAAAAGAUCGAAUGUAUGAAAAUGAAUAGCAAUCAAAUACUGGGGGGAAAGUAAAUGCUACAGAAAUAAUCUAUUUGAAUGUUGCAGGGCUGACCACAAACUACGUAGCAUUACGACAGUUAGUGGAAAGUUCGCAUCCUCUUUUAGUAUUACUUUCUGAAACGCACAUUACUCAACCAGAAGCAUUUGAUCAAUAUUCUAUUCCAGGUUAUAAAGUUGUUUUUUGUUUGUCACACUCUAGGCACACUGGAGGAGUUGCUAUUUAUUUUAAAGAGUCUAUUCAAAUUAAAGUUUGUUUGAACGAUUUUUUGGAAAAUAACUGGUUUUUGGGAAUUACUGUUGAAAAAGGCAUGAAGACGGGUAAAUAUGGAGUUUUGUAUCACUCGCCAAGCUCUAGUGAUCAGCGGUUCAUCCAAAUUUUAGAAA